AUGGCAGCAGAACGCAAGGAGCGCUCCGGCCUGGCCGUCGGCCUCAACAAAGGACACAAAACCGAGGCAAGAAUCAGCAAGCCAAGAGUCAGCAGAACCAAGGGCCAUUUGAGCAAGCGGACUGCUUUCGUCAGGGAGAUUGUCAAGGAGGUCUCAGGUCUUGCACCAUAUGAGCGUCGUGUUAUCGAACUCCUCCGCAACAGCAAGGACAAGCGUGCCCGUAAGCUCGCGAAGAAGAGGCUCGGUACAUUCGGACGUGCCAAGGCGAAGGUUGAGGAGCUCCAGGGCGUUAUUGCUGAGUCGAGAAGAGCGGGCCAUUAA